AUGGCGUACCAGUCUCCGCGCCACUCACAAGGCUUCUAUCCAUACGAUGCCUCCACCCCCCCUCCUCCCCCGCCCAAGCAUGCAAGUGGGACAGCAACACCAUCACAAUCACAGGGUCCACCGUUGCCUCCGCCUCCGCCUCUACCAGGACAGGGACCAUCCUAUGGGGAUCGGCAGCAACCUCCACAGGACCGUCCCGCAAGUUCAUCACAGACAAGAGAGCCCGAUCAGCCAGCCAUCCAACCGCCGCAAGAGGGUUGGUUGCCUGACUUGGUGAAAGACAAGUCAACCAAGGAUCUACAUCACAUACUGCAAACACCUGAGCUCCAGCAUGCAAUCCUACAUAACCCAGAGACUACCCAUCCCUCGGUGCCAGCAUCAACCGCCCCUUUGCAGGCUCUCCUUGCACAGAACAUUAGUCUAGCAGAGUCCCUAAAGCAGCUUGAAGCACAUGUCUUGCAUCAGCGCGAUGUCACGCAGUCGCGCCUACUGGCCAUGAGAGCGCUCGAACGCCAGUGGAAAGCCAAACAGACGGAGCAAGAUGAAGCACUGCGAGAUUUCAGUCCACCGGCGCUGUAUCAACGACUCAAUGCUGCAGUCAGCGAGCAAGAAGCGUUGUGUCGGGGGCUGGAAGAGAGCUUCCUCGAAGGCGAAGGCUAUGGUGGCGGUGAAGCCGUGGCCAGCGAGCGGGAGGUGGCGGACUUUGUUAGGAGGCUCCGAGAAGGCCGCAAGAUUGCAUAUCUCCGAGCAGAGAGGAAGGAACGGUGGGACGAGGGCCGAGUAGGCGGUUGGCGAUGA